AUCCACCACGAGGCCUCCAUUGUUUGACGGAACAAACUACACCUAUUGGAAGGAACGGAUGAGGAUUUACAUCCAAUCCACCAACUUUCUCCUUUGGAGAAUUAUCAAAAUGGUGAGAACGUGCCAAUGAAGAAGGUCGAGGAAAUCAACGUCCCUAAGACCGAGGAUGAAUAUGAUGCGCAAGACAUCAAGAAGGUGGAAAACAAUGCCAAGGCCAUCAACAUCAUCUAUUGUGCUGUUAACCCGGAUGACUACCGGAAGAUUUCUUGUUGCACCACCGCAAAGGAAAUGUGGGACAAACUAGAAAUCACCUACGAAGGUACGGAUCAAGUCCGAGAAGCUAAAAUUGAUUUUCUAACCCAUGAAUAUGAAUUGUUUCAUAUGAAGGAAAACGAGAAAAUCGAUGAGAUGUUUGAACGAUUCUCCAAAAUCGUCAAUGAUCUUCAUGCUCUCAAGAAGACGUACACGGACAAGGAGCUUGUGAGAAAAAUCCUGCGAAGUCUCACACCGGAGUGGCGCUCCAAAGCCGAUGCCAUUCAAGAGUCCAUCGGCAUCACCAACGUCACCAUUGACGGACUUAGAGAUAACCUCAAAACCUAUGAGUCCACCAUUCUAUUCCCCUCUUUAGGUGAACAAAAGAAGAAGGGGAUUGCACUCAAGGCUACCUGAAGCCAAGAACCCGCCAUGGAAGAAUCAAGCGAUGAGGACAACGAGUUCGGGCUCGUCAUCAAAAAAUUCCACAAGUUCAUGCGAAAAGAGUAUGAACAAAAUGCCCAAACGCCAAAAACGAGAAGGAGAAGAAACCGUUCAAGAAGCACCGAGCUUACAUUUCAUGGGGAGGUGAUUCCGGCGAUGAGUCAUCGGAAGGCGAAGAAAAUGAAAGCGCCAACCUCUGCCUCAUGGCACACGAAGAACCACCGGAAGAGGUAUGUACCACUUCUAAAGAUUCCUAUACUAUUGAUGAUGUACAAGAAGCCUUUAAUGAACUUUAUGAUGAAUA